AUGUCGAACAACACCCAGCAGAAGCCCCUGCCCUUCGGCUACCAGUUCAUCGCCGGUGCCGUGGCCGGUGUGUCCGAGAUUCUUGUUAUGUACCCCUUGGAUGUGGUCAAGACACGAGUUCAGCUCCAGGGCGCGCCCGUUCCCGGUCAGGAUUACUACAAUGGCAUGUUCGACUGCAUGCGCAAGAUCGUCAAGAACGAGGGCUUCUCCCGUCUCUACCGCGGUAUCUCCGCGCCCAUCCUGAUGGAAGCGCCUAAGCGCGCGACCAAAUUCGCCGCCAACGACAGCUGGGGCUCAUUCUACCGCAACCUCUUCGGCCAAGCCGAACAGACACAAUCGCUGGCGAUCCUGACGGGCGCCACGGCCGGAGCGACAGAGUCAUUCGUGGUUGUGCCCUUCGAGCUGGUCAAGAUCCGUCUGCAGGACCGGGCGUCGAAAUACAACGGCAUGCUGGAUGUGGUGCGCAAGAUCGUCGCCGCGGAGGGCCCGCUGGCCAUGUACAACGGUCUGGAGUCGACGCUGUGGCGCCACAUCCUCUGGAACGCCGGUUACUUCGGCUGCAUCUUCCAGGUGCGCGCGCAGCUCCCCAAGGCCGCCCCCGGAAACAAGGCCGAGCAGACCCGCAACGACCUGAUCGCCGGUUCGAUCGGAGGUACCGCCGGAACCAUCCUCAACACCCCCAUGGACGUGGUCAAGUCGCGCAUCCAGAACACCACCAAGGUCCCCGGCCAGGUGCCCAAGUACAACUGGGCCUGGCCUGCUCUAGGCACCGUCAUGAAGGAGGAGGGCUUCAGCGCCCUCUACAAGGGCUUCAUCCCCAAGGUUCUCCGUCUCGGUCCCGGUGGUGGUAUCCUCCUCGUCGUGUUCACCGGUGUGAUGGACUUCUUCCGGAACAUGCGCGGCGAGUAGACUUGAUUUUCUCAGAAAUAGAAUAGAAGGGGAUUCCGUUGAUUGGAUGAGUUGGCUGGGGGCUGGGUGAAUAGAUUCUUUUUUUUUUUUCUCUUUUUUUUUCAUUGGACUGUUCAUUCAUGAUUCAUUGAUUGGUUGGUUGGUUGGAUUAUUCCCGUUUACUUUAUAAGCAAGCACGGACAUCUAGAUUGUGACACACAUAAGUGGUAGUGGUGGUACUAACCACACAUACUGUAGGUAGAUGGAUGCAUGAGUCAGGCUAUUACGUGAUUGAGUGGUUGAUUGAUCAGACUAUUCUGUUUACUUGACUUGACUUGACUUGACUUGACUUGACAAGCCACUGUGAGCAAGCAAGCAAGCAAGCAAGCAAAUGAGCAUAGACAUCUAGACUGACAUGAAUGGUGAUCGUGGUGGUAGUUGUAGUGGUGAUGACCCAUACAU